UAGCCAUCCCUAUGGUCUGUUCGAACGAGCCAAUCUCAUGUGCGCUUGGAGAUCGGAGGUGAUACCGGACACUAUGAGUUGGAAAUACCUUCGUCGUCGACACAUGAAUACAAGGAUUCUCACAAGGCGGUGGGGAACGGAUGCAAUUCAAUUUAAGAAAAUCGAUCUCUUUCGACCUCCCCACGCUUUCAACUUCUAUCUGUCAGGAUGCCUACGGCCAAGGUCGAGUCGAGUACCGGAAAGAUUGCGUUUAACUACACAAUAUCGACACCCUCAGCUUCGUCGGCUACGUCUAUCGAUAAAUGUCUACCGACGUUGCUGUUCAUCCAUGCGAUUUACUACGGACAACAGAUCUUUCAACGACAGUUUGAGGACCCGCAGAUAAGAAGAUUCAACUGCGUUGCGUUGGACCUUAGACUACAUGGUCUGACGACGAGCGACGAAAUUCCCGAAGGCUACAGUGCGAGGGAGGCUGCUGAAGACGUCUCGUUAUUUAUGGACGAGAUCGAUUUACCCGCCUGCCACAUCGUGGGCUUGUCGGUGGGCACCAUGGUGGCGAUCAGCCUCGCUGUCUACUACCCCAACAAAGUCGCUUCUCUUUUCCUCGUGUCGCCGCUGGGGCUGGAGGAGCCAGCAGAUAUCGCUGAUGGCCGGCGGGAAGUAGUAGAGUGCUGGAAGGGAGCUUUCAAGACAGACGAACUCGAUAUGGCGUCCGUCUCUGACUCAUUUUACGGCAUCCAGCAAUUAUCUUUCAGUAACAAACCCAGCAGAUUAGCGAAGGCGCUCGACGCUAUCACACUGCCUUUAAUCUUGAAGAAGUGUGUUCCGGAGACCUUUAAGCAGUACGACAGAGGUGCAAUGGAUUUUUUAAUCAAACGAAAGGAGUAUACCAAGGACCAGCUUUCUCGGAUACGCGUCCCUGUCAAAUUGGUCCAUUGCCUCGGAGAUAUCGCAUACCCCCAAGAAUACUCAGAAAGGUUCAUGCAGCAGCUGAAGGACGCUGCAGUCACGGUUAGCCUGGCUACGAUACCAGAUGCUCCACACUUUGGCGUUGCUACGCAUGGAGAUGUUGUUAACCCAUUACUCCAUGAUUUUAUUCUAAGUAGUUGCAGGACUUCCGUUCCGCUAGCACCCCGAGAAGUCAGUUCUCCGUGGGAGGCGGAGUUGGUGAGGGUUGGUUGGAAGAAGGGUGGGGACGACCCUGAGGACGAUUCUGAGGACGAUUAGGACUGGUUCACUAAUCAUACCCCCCCCCCCCCCCUUUUUUUUGGCUUUUAGGUACAGAUUGUUAAUAAUGUAUAGUGAAAUGUAUGUGCGUCAGACCUGUG